UUUUGACAGUUCGUGUAAGGUUGUAACGCGCUUAAAAACUUUCCGUAUCAAAUAAUAUUAAAAUAAAUUAUUAAUUCGAAGAGUUUCGGCAUUAAUUUCAAAAGAAAACAAUCGAAACUGUAUAAUCGCGAUGGAAAAUCCUUCGGAAGCGGGGUCGGGUGAUAAACAACGCAGUUUAAGCGAAUCUUCUGAUACCGUUUUUGAAAGUUCCAUAGAAUUUGAUCCAUUACUACCGGAGGUGCCGGUUAUAACCAACGAAGAAAAUGAGGAGGUUCUAUUGGUUACGAGAGCUCGAGUUUAUCGGUUUGUUGCGAAAGAAGAUGAACCACGGGAGUGGGUCGAACGUGGAACUGGGGAAUUAAAAAUAUUACACGACACGGUAAAUAAUUCAGCUCGUGUUGUGAUGCGUCGGGAUAAGAUAUUUAAAGUUUGUGCAAAUCAUUUUAUAACGCCAACGAUGGAAUUAAAACCUUGUUUUGGGUCAGAUAAAGCUUUUCAUUAUGUCGUUGCUGGUGACUUUACCUUUGAAACGUUAAGAUCUGAAUGUUUUGCAUUUAAAUUUAGGAAUAGCGAAUGUGCAAAUCAAUUCAAAGAGAAAUUUAAUGAGGCUAAAAAAAUCGUUACAGAGAAGUGUAGUUUGUAUUGUUUAAAAGAUGAUGAUGAGGAUGAUGAUUCGGAAAUUGAUGAUGAGAAAGUUGAGAACCAAAAUGAUGUUGAGAAAGUUGAGAAUGAAAAAGAUGGAGAGAAAAAAGAUGAUUUAAGCAAAAAAAUGAAGGAAUUGGUUGUUGAGGAAAAGUGAUGUUUUUAAUAGAAUAUCUUUAAGACCUAUAUUUUUGUAUGGAAUUGCUAAAACUCUUCGAAGAAAAUUUUCUGAAUCUUAAAAAUAUGUUACUCAGUA